AUGGGAAACUACCGCACUAAGUUGAGUCGGGCCGGAUCUCAUGAGGUAGCAGUAAAUUCAGGGAAGAGGAGUAGGAACAACCCAGACAAACAAGCUCCCAACACUAACAUUAAAAGACCAAAAAGGGCUGAAGUCAAUUUCCUCCCAAAUUUCCCAAGAGGUGAAGAUGACGUAAGCCUUGAGCGACUGAGACUCCAAAUUGUAGAUGAAGCUAAGAAGACAGAUCAGAACCUUCCCCUGAUUGCAAAUUUAAUGCAGACCACCUUUGCCCUGAGGCGCAAGGAAGUCAUCAAUGAUGACCUGCUUGUUGGAGAGAUCUUGGAACGCUGGCCUGCCCUUAAAUUAGAGUCACAGAUUUGUGCAGAAUUUCACAGGAUCACAAAUAUCAACCUGAAGAACCACUUCUAUGCCGAGUUGGAUCGACAUGCCCCCCGUCUUCUGAGCUUGUUCAGGAAGAAAGCUGCACGAACUGGCAAAGUAGCAGAAGUUUUGGACCAGCUCUUCAGUGCUUAUGACCUCCAGGAACAAGUGGACAUCCACAUCAAAUGUGCUGCUGUCCUCCGUGCACUCCCUGCGUAUCUACAUGAUGAUGACUCCAGGUUUCUGAAACUCUGGGAUACAUCUGAGUCUGAUGAACCAAACAUCAGUGAUGUACCGGUUGGACUCCUCUUGAGUGGUGCGAAUGCAACAGAUGCAUUGUUCUUCAACCCAGAGAAGAUUGACAUUGUCAUUGAGGGUAAUGUUGUUAUUAAGUUUCCAACGUUGGCAGAAGCCUUUGUCAUGCUAUUUUCACUGAUGUAUGCAAUGCAUCUAAGUUACCCAAAAUACUUGGCCAAUACUUUUGACUUCAUCCAAAAAGUCUUGAUGGGCCUGGUUGAUGGGAUGUUGAAGCCCAGGGUGUUGACCCUUAAAAAUGACCUUUUUGCAGUGGAGUAA